ACUCGAGAAAGCAGAGAAAGUAAAGCAUUUACUGGAUUUGGAUUCUGAAAGUUGAGCUUAGUCUAAAUUUCUCAGAAUGCCGAUCUCUAGUAUUGCCGUGGGACACCCAUCGGAGUUCGGAAGCGCCGACGCUCUUAGGGCAGCUCUUGCUGAGUUUAUCUCCACCCUCAUCUUUGUUUUCGCCGGCUCCGGUUCCGGUGUUGCUUUCGCUGAGCUCACUGACAAUGGAUCAACCACACCCGCCGGCCUUAUAGCCGCUGCCGUGGCACACGCCUUUGCUCUUUUCGUGGCGGUUUCCAUUGCUGCAAACAUCUCCGGCGGGCAUGUUAACCCCGCUGUCACAUUCGGUGCCUUCCUUGGAGGCAACAUCACUCUCUUCAGGAGUAUCUUGUACUGGAUUGCCCAACUUCUCGGAUCCGUUGUUGCUUGCUUGCUCCUCAAAUUUGCAACCGGUGGAAUGACCAUCUCCGCUUUCUCCCUUUCCACUGGUGUUGGAGUAUGGAACGCAGUAGUGUUCGAAAUCGUGAUGACCUUCGGUUUGGUCUACACCGUGUACGCAACCGCCAUCGACAAGAGGUCCGCCGGAAACAUCAGCAUCAUUGCACCAAUCGCCAUUGGUUUCAUUGUUGGUGCUAACAUCUUGGCCGGUGGUGCUUUUGACGGUGCUUCAAUGAACCCAGCAGUUUCCUUCGGACCCGCCGUCGUCAGCUGGUCGUGGGACAACCACUGGGUCUACUGGCUCGGCCCAUUCCUCGGUGCCGGCAUUGCUGCCCUCAUCUACGACUUGAUCUUCAUCGCCCCAGCCACCCACGAGCCACUACCCACCACAGACUACGCCUAAGCCACUGUCACGCUUCCACUCUCGAUCAGUUCAAGUGAUGGUGAAAUCGGUUUUUGAAUUUUAGUUCUUUUGUUUUCCCUUAGUGAAGUGGGUGGGUAUUGUUGAUGUUUGCAUUUGGCUGUUGUUAAUUGUUGAUUCCAAUGAAACUUUGUAUUGUUCUGUU